GAGAGCGGUGCCGGGUGUCAUACAGGUUGUCCUCUUGUUGUCGUGCUGGUUCUUGCCCUGGUUCUCGUCUUGGUUCCUGCCUUGGUUCUCCUCCUGGUCUCCAGACGGAUCCAGGACCCCUGCUCUGUGACAGGAGGUGACCCUGCAGACUCGCACUCUAAUCCCCGGACCGUGUGGGAUUAAAAACUCUUCAUGUGUUUACUCUGCCUCAGAUUAAAGGGAAAGGACUGAAGUCUGUCUGCAGCUCGUCACACAACUGAAGGUGCUCUGGUUCUGGUCACAGAGGAUCGGGACAUCCUCUGGUUCUGGUCAGUGUUCCUGGAGAUCCUCUGGUUCUGGUCUGACCGCGGUCCUGCAGGUCCAGUGGAGCCAGAGCCCUCAGUCCUCUCUGGCAUGGCGCUCGCUCCCUGCGACCCGGCGGCGACCCUGCGGUGACCCUGGCUGGACUCGGCACCCGCAGCCCGGGGAGGACGCGUGGCAUGCGGCCGGAGCCGGAGUACAGCCUGGUGGGAGAGGGGCUCGGGAUGCGGGACUACUGGCUCUACGUGUGGCUGAGGAGGGCCGCCGUCGUACUGGCUCACCUUACCGGUCUGGGUCUGACCCUCAUCAUCUCCCUGCUGUCCAGACCUGGAACCAGUCUGUUCUCCUGGCAUCCACUCUGCAUGUCUGUGGCUUACUGUCUGUGUUUGACUGAAGCCGUCCUCCUCUUCUCCGCUGAAGGAUCUUUCUUCUGCUUCACGUCUCGGAAAGGAAAGGUUCGCCUCCACUGGUUCUUCCAAGCUCUGGUCCUGGUCGCCGCGGCAACCGGCCUGGGCUUCAUGGUGGCCAGUAAGAACGUGUCGGAGCGCCCCCACCUGGCCAGCUGGCACAGCGUGCUGGGCGCGUGCACGCUGUGCAGCACGGCGCUGCAGGCGGGCUGCGGCCUGCUGGCCGGCUGCCCCCGCUCCUCCGGCCAGCCCCGCCUCCGGCUCUACCACGCCACCACCGGCCUGCUGGUGUACCUGCUGGCCACCGCCACCGUCAUGCUGGCCAUGUUCUCCGACUGGUUCCAGGGCACGGUGAAGGGGGCGGCGUGGUGGGCCUUCCUCCUGCUGCCCCUCUUCCCCGCCCUGGUGGUGAUGAACCAGAUCACCAACGCCUACCUGCCCCGCAAGAAGACCAGCAGCUGAGCAGCAGGGUGGUCGGCCAGCCUCUGGUCCGGCUAGCCUUUUAUUGUUCGUCCAUGGAGGUUUUCAUAGGCCAUGUUGGUCAGAGCAGCAGAUCGCUUCAAAACCAUUUUCCCCUGGAAGCCACCGAUUGGUUUACACGGCAAGGUUUUGAGUCAAAAUAACGAACGACUGUUUCAAACCACUGAGCAAAGCAUCGUCUGCAUGCAGGAGGCACGAUCCUUCAAACAGGUACUGAGCUACUGAUGCCUGGAAGGAGGACAGAGGAGAGGAGCCCACAGCUUCACGACACCAAUCACAAAAUCACAGCACCAACUAGUGGCCUGGCAUGCAAACUACAGCCUUCCAAACUGCAGUCUUCCCUAAUAACGGGAUCUCAAAACUACAGACCUUCCAAUUUCCAGGCCUUUCAAAAUACUGAAAUAUCCCCGCCUGACGGACUGAACCUCUCUAAAGAAAAACCCCAACCGAAGCUGUUUUCUGUCCAUCGUUGUGGAAACGGAGCCUUGAUUGGUCCUAACCACAGCAGAGACCUACAAACCUACAAUAUGACAUUUUGAUCAGACGUAUAUUGAAUUUAUUGUAUAUAUUUAUUUUGAUUUCCUCCUCCUCUGCCUGUUUGCUUGAACCUUUAAUUGUGAAAGUGACCAUGUCAGUGAGCCUCCUGUUUCUCCAGCAGGCCUGUGGUAGAUCGAAGACACUGACAGAACACAUGAUGAGAAACUCCUGUAAAGAUUUAAACUCUCUUAAUGACUUCAGUUUCUACAGCCAGCAGAAUUGGUCAUGCAGUUUGUCCAGCUCCUCUUAAGGAUGUGGCGACAGGGGAAAUCUGCUGAGGAACCACAAAGCCAUGUGUCAUUUUGUUCAUUCUAUUGCUUUCCUAACUGAUUUUUGGCAGAAUGAUUGUUGAUUUCCUCUGACUUUAGAAAGUAUUUCAGCGAGUGGCCUCUGAAGGCUUUAAACCUCUGAGAACCAUCAAAAUGAUCGCAGCACUGAUCUACUCUGACGCUGCAGAAGUAAUUUGACUACACUGCCAGUGGUUAAAGGACACUUCCUGUUUGUGAUUCAAAAUAAGAGCCUUAAAUGAAAUUUGUGGCAGUUUUUUAACUCAUGACACAGUGACGUUACUGAGGAUCGUGCUUGGAUAAACUUUCAGAGAGUUUGCACUGUUAUACCUUCCAGAAUGUGAGCGCUCUCAGAGGGUGGGGUCUCCUGGGGGGUCCGUAUGAUGGACCCGCUCCCGGUCUGGCAGCCUGCUGGUUCUGCAGCAGGACCAGGAAGAUGCAUGUGGACUGAACGUGAGGCUGGAAGGCCUGGCCUGUACCGGCGCCGCCUCGCUCAUCCGCAGUGAUGAGAGUCAAGAGUCGGCUAGCUCUGAAUCGCUAGCCUGCCUGCUGUACUGCCCCCUGCUGGUCGGAUCCGCUUCACGACUGUUAAUCAGUCAGAGCGACCCCUGGUGGAUAAACUAGGAACAGCCUUUACUUUUAUCAGCUCCUCUGUUUUUCUACUCUUCAGUUUCCUCUGUUCUCUGAAAGCUGGAUUUUUAUCUCUGACAGAUAUUUUCACUGGAGUUUAGACUCAGUUUGAUUCAAAACCCAAACCCAGACCACUUUUCUGUUGUGUAAAUAUCUGUUCUAUUCAGAUUCAGGUGUGUGUGUGUGUGUGUGUGUGUGUGUGUGUGUGUGUUUUCUCUAAUAAACAGUUGAAUCCUCCAC